AUGAAAGAUGAAGAAAAUGGAGAUAACAUUGAAGAAGAAGAGAAUGGUGUAAAAGAUGUGGAGGAGAUGGAAUAUGGUUGUGGUGGCAUUGUGAGACUCGUCCAAGUGGAAGACACGAACACACCCGAAAUAAUACGGGUUCUUCUUGAAACCCAAACAUUGGCUAUAUGCCUUAGCUGCAUUGAUGUAGGCAGUGAACCCGCCAAAAAGGGGGCAGCGUUUGUAGUUACUCAAAUUCUAUUGUCAAAAGAUGGGCAACAAUACAUUGGUAUGUUCCCGGACCAGUUUUACAGAGUAGCUGUGGUCUUGAGAAAAAUCGUAGACCGGUUUGAGGGAAAACAACCUAAUUCAGAGUUGUUGAAGCCGAUGUUAAACUGCUACAUGCAGUUGGUUGAAGUAUCUAGACUUUUCAGUGGUUGUGAUGCUUUGAGCGUUCUAAGAAUUAGAUUGAGAAAAUAA